CAAGGUCCUCCCUCAGGUCCCACCCCCAAAAAAAGGCCCGCCCGCCAAACUCUUUCUCGCAAGAACGAUCAUCAUCGGUGAACUACCGCCAGACUCGACUCCUUCUCUGCCUCUCUUCCUCUUUUCCUCCACCUGCUUCACCGUCUAUCCAGUCUCUUCUCUGUUUACCUCGCAACCAAAGAAUCCCUAUCAACGCACACCAUGGCGCAGCAGCAACCUACCUUCAAGCUCGUCCUUGUCGGCGAUGGUGGUACUGGAAAGACUACCUUCGUCAAGCGUCACUUGACAGGAGAGUUCGAGAAAAAGUACAUGGCGACGCUGGGUGUUGAGGUUCACCCCCUCGGCUUCACGACUAACUACGGCCCUAUCACCUUCGAUGUAUGGGACACUGCCGGACAGGAGAAGUUUGGUGGUCUUCGUGACGGCUACUACAUCAACGGACAGUGUGGUAUUAUCAUGUUCGAUGUAACUUCCAGAAUUACCUACAAGAACGUUCCCAACUGGCACCGUGACCUUGUUCGCGUCUGCGAGAACAUCCCCAUCGUCCUGUGCGGUAACAAGGUUGAUGUGAAGGAGCGCAAGGUCAAGGCCAAGACCAUCACCUUCCACCGCAAAAAGAACCUUCAGUACUACGAUAUCUCUGCGAAGUCAAAUUACAACUUCGAGAAGCCUUUCCUGUGGCUCGCCCGCAAGCUUGUGGGUAACGCUCAAUUGGAAUUCGUCGCUGCUCCUGCCCUUGCGCCCCCGACUGCAGUGGUUGACGAGAAGCUCCUGGAGCAAUACCGAAAGGAGAUGGACGACGCCGCAACCAUGCCUCUGCCCGGUGAGGAUGAUGAUGACGACUUGUAGAUGCUUUACUUGGGUUAGGGGGGGCAACUGGUGACGUGGGUCUCGGGGUGGUAUCAUUCGGCACAAUGAUUGCUUUGCGCUGGUAGAAGCUUGGAAUGUGAAUGGUGGUCUCCAGAGCAGAAGUUCCAGC